AUGGGAAUAAAUUUUUUCAUUUUUCUUAUAACAAUCACUCAUGUUUCGCUACUAUUAAACUCAGUCAUCGCGGUGUAUCUAAAGAAAGGAUUUGGUAUGAAGAUGAUUCAUAUAGACUCCAAAGAAUCACUUUUGUAUCCCGGUAACCAUUUAACACGAGAUGAAAGGCUUCAAAGACUCGUCGAACAAUCCAGAUCUCAAGCACGUUACAUCGAGUCACAAAUAUUAGUCCAGAUAAAUGAAACACGUUCUAUGGAUCCUGAUGUUGCACGUCUGCCUGUAGUUUACGAACCAAGAAUGUUUUACGUUGUAAAAAUUGGUUUAGGUACCUUUCCUGGUAGACGAAAGUCAUUCAUGAAUUACUAUUUGAUGAUUGAUACAGGUAGUGAUCAAACAUGGCUUCAGUGCAAAGGUGCCACUAAAUCUUUCACUCAAGAUAUGCCACUUUAUCCUUGGAAUUCGUCAACUACAUAUCGUCAUGUUGCUUGUAAUACACAUCCUCUUUGUAAAGGAGAUAAAUUUAAUGUUGAUGGUCAAUGCACUUACGUAGCAAGCUAUAUGACUGGAUCAGUUACAUCUGAUGCAAAAAUUGGAGGUGCAGGUCAAAAAGUAUAUACAACUCCCAUUGUUGUGCCUAAGUUUCGAACGCAACUCUAUUACUUAAAUCUAGAAGAUAUUAGUGUAGGAAACAAAAGAGUAAGAUUUUCUAGAGGUACUUUCAAGCUUAGUAGUAAAGGAGAAGGCGGUACUGCUAUAGAUUCUGGUACCCCAAUAUCCAUUAUGUAUAAGGAUCAUUUUGAUAGAGUUGCAGAUUUGGUGAAGGAACAUUUUAACGAGAUCGACAUUGAAUAUAUUGGUUCUCACCAAAGUUUUUAUGUUUGUUUCCGCCUACGAGGAAGAUUUGAUAUUAGUAAAUAUCCUUCUAUAACACUUCAUUUUCAACAGUCCGACUACGUCAUUUCAGAUUAUAAAGCCAAUUUCAUAAUAUUUGAUGAAAUUGUUUGUUUAGGUAUUUCCCGAGGGAAUACUAAAUCACCGGCUUUUAUGUUUGGAGCAAUGCAACAAUCUAAUAAAAGGAUUUUGUAUAAUAUUAUGGAUAAUUCGCUCUCGUUUGCUACAGAGUAUUGUGAAUUAGAUUCAUGA